AUGCGAGAGCUUCCGCGCCGCUUUCUCGUGCUCUUCUUGGCCGUUCAGGGGGCACUUCUCGACCACUUAGCACUUGGGUUUAGCUGUGACGGUGGCUGCAGCGGUCAUGGAGCGUGCCAACGUGCUACUGGAAGGUGUACAUGCUUCCCAGGCUUUGGCGGGGCUACAUGCGCCUCAAGACUUUGCCCCAUGGGCGCUGCGUGGGUGGAUCGAGCGUGGGGGAUCGACUUGGCGCACCAACCAGCGGAGUGUUCGGCCAUGGGUCGCUGCGACCGAACCACGGGGACCUGCACGUGCGAGUCCGGCUUCGAAGGCUUGGCAUGCGAGAGACUCUCGUGUCCCAAUGCGUGCUCGGGCAACGGCCGCUGCGUGAGCAUGCGGGACGCUGCAACGCUACGCGACGAUCGCCAAUUCUUCGUGAGCACAACGUACACGCUCUGGGACGCCGACAAGAUUAUGGGGUGUCAGUGCGACCCAGGCUUCACUGGAAUGGACUGCUCCAUGCGUAUGUGCCCCCGGGGCGACGAUCCGUUGACCACGGGGCAAGUCAACGCUGUUCAGACGGUCACCUGCACGUGCAACAGCUGCACGGGUACUUUCGCGCUCUCGUUUCGUGGGCGGGUGACGGCAAACCUCGCGUCGACAGCCACUUCGAGCGACUUGGAGACGGCACUGGAAGCACUGGACAACAUUUAUGGUGUGACUGUCGUAGCUGCUACCCCGCUUUGCAGUUCUGGCGGGACCACGACAGCUAUCACGUUCACGAACAACCCAGGAGACCUACCGAGCCUUCAAGUGCUCAACAACCUCUCGAACGGCGGCACAGUGACAGUAACAACCACUACGACUGGCACGCGCGAGAGCGCCUAUUGCUCGAACCGCGGCAUCUGCGACUUCGCUACUGGAGUGUGCAAGUGCUUCGCGGGAUUCUUCAGCGGGGACGGAGCUCAACCCGCCAGCGCGGGCCAACGAGGCGACUGUGGCUACCAGAAUGGAGCUUCGGUUUGCCCGUCCACCACCAACGGCGUGUGCGAUGGCAAAGGCACUUGUUCUGGAGCGCCGUACGUAUGCACAUGCAAUUCAGGCUUCACGGGCUUCGACUGCUCGUUGCGCGAGUGUCCGAAGGGUGCAGCGUGGUUCGAUGGCGCUACAGCCCCAAACACAGCGCACGCUUUGGCUCAGUGCUCUGGCAGAGGAUCGUGCAGUACUUCGACAGGCGUUUGUACGUGCCUCGCUCCAUUUACGGGGGCUUCCUGUGACUUGAUGAAGUGUCCUGCAGGAACGUCAACGGUGACCGGAGCCACUUGCAGCGGUCGAGGCACGUGCAAGAGCAUCCUGCAGCUCUCAGCGGAGGCGACGGGCCCUCAGGGCAAUCUACUGGGAGUGACCUACGGAGCGACGCCAAACGCACUAGCCACGUGGGACGCGCUGAAGAUCCAGGGCUGCGACUGCGAGACCAACGACUACUUCGGUCCGUACGAAAACGCCUACGGAGACUUCACUGGCGGACACGACUGCUACGCGCGGAUGUGUCCGCGUGGCGCCGACCCGUUCGAGGUCGGCAAAGUGAACGAGAAGCAGACACUGACGUGCACAGCCGACGGAGGUCAGUUCACGCUCACCUUUCGAGGCGAGACGACGGCGGUCAUCCCGUUCAACGCGGGGACAGCUCAAGUCCAGUCGACGCUCCAAGCGAUCGACAGCGUUCGCACAGCCACGAUAACCUUCGACUCGGGCACCACAGUGUGCUCUGCAACGGGCGUCGUCACCACGAUCGAGUUCACGUUCAUGCAGGGCGACCUGCCGCCUCUGAGCUUCGACGCCUCGGCGCUCACGCUCACGAGUUCCACCGCCAGUCUGGCUGUCGCGGAGCUGGUCAAGGGCACCAAGGCCAACAUCGAGUGCUCCGCGCGCGGCGUCUGCGACCGCACGACGGGCAACUGCGCGUGCUUCCCGUACUUCCUGAGCUCCGACGGAGCCGGCAACCUCGGAAGGCGCGGCGACUGCGGCUACAUCUCGCCGUACCCGAGCGUGGCGCUGUCCUGA